AUUUAUUUUUAAUUGCUUCCUCUUAACUAGGGCAAUUUUAAUUUGGCGAUGUUAUGUUUGUAUGCAUGUGUGUAUGCGUGCAUCUGUGUGCGUGUGUUACAUUUUUCUUUUUUAAGUCUUUUCCAAAUACUAACAGUUAAUUCAUAAAAGGCUUGUUUCCUCCAUUCCCAGGAUAGGAUGGGAAGGCUUAGACAAGCAGCCGCUUUUGCUAGCCUCUGGGGAUGGCGGGAAGCCUCUUCCCCUCUUUUCGUCCCAGUCACCAAUCCCGGUCCUGCUCAUUGUGUAGUUAGUUCUGGCUUCGAUCCGGCUCCCGAUACCUAAGACAAUAGCGCCGCUUGCAGCCUCCUGGAGAGAACAAACCCCAGUCCUAGAGCAACACCUUUGGCGGAGCAGAUGCUUUGGAUGUAAAGAUACCUAUCCGGCUCACCUCUUUCCCCCUUCCCCUCCUGGGCGUGGUGAAGGUGAAGAGUGGCGCGUGAGGGACGGUUGAAACGACUCUGGACAAUUUCCAGGCACUCCUGCAAGCCACAGACUCCUGUGCUCCCCCAGCUCCCCGAGACCAGUUUGCUUUGGGCUGUGCUGCUUCCCCCCGCUAUUGACAACUCGGGUUUAUUUGCUUGUAGCCAGUCCUGCGCCCACUCCAGCUCACUCCUCCCGAGCUAAUUCAACUGCCGUUUUCUUCCUGCGUGAAAAAGUGGCUCCUUCUUCCCUGGAUCAGGACCUCUGCCAUUGAGAGGCACAAAGAGACAUUCUGGACAUACUCACACUCACACAUACACACACACACACGCACACGCACAGUCUUAAGGUGAGCAAGAAGAACUCUGCCUUCACUUUACCUCCCGUUUUCAACUUCAGCAGAACUUGAGAGCACCUCAACUUCUGGAGCUCAGGACAAGUGAAGAAGAUUCUCGUGGCUGUCAAGAUGAAGUGCAUACUUUUUCUGGUGCUGAUUUCUCUCUCCUGGGCUGAUCAUCUUACUGACAACUACACUCUGGAGCAUGACAGAAUUAUCCAUAUCCAAGCAGAAAAUGGCCCCCGUCUACUGGUGGAAGCAGAGCAGGCAAAAGUCUUCUCACACCGGGGUGGCAACGUCACACUGCCAUGUAAAUUUUACCGUGACCCAUCAACUAUUGGCUCAGGAACCCACAAAAUCCGAGUCAAGUGGACCAAGCUCACUUCAGAUUACCUCAAGGAAAUAGAUGUUUUUGUUUCCAUGGGAUACCACAAGAAAACGUAUGGCAGCUACCAGGGGAGAGUGUUUUUGAAUAGAGGCAGUGACAACGAUGCCUCCCUAGUGAUCACGGACAUCACCCUGGAGGAUUAUGGGAGAUACAAAUGCGAGGUGAUUGAAGGAUUAGAAGAUGAUACAGCAAUUGUAGCCUUGGAUCUGCAAGGUGUGGUCUUCCCUUACUUUCCAAGACUGGGACGCUACAAUCUCAAUUUCCAUGAGGCUCAACAGGCUUGCCUGGACCAGGACUCUGUGAUUGCCUCUUUCGACCAACUCUAUGAUGCUUGGAGGGCAGGGCUAGACUGGUGUAAUGCUGGCUGGCUCAGUGAUGGAUCUGUGCAGUAUCCUAUCACUAAACCUAGAGAACCCUGUGGAGGAAGAAACACAGUGCCUGGUGUCAGGAAUUACGGAUUUUGGGAUAAGGAUAAAAGCAGAUAUGAUGUAUUCUGUUUUACAUCCAACUUCAAUGGUCGCUUUUACUACCUAAUCCACCCAACCAAGCUGACCUACGAUGAAGCUGUGCAGGCUUGUCUCAAUGAUGGUGCUCAGAUCGCUAAAGUGGGCCAGAUGUUUGCUGCCUGGAAACUCCUAGGCUAUGACCGAUGCGAUGCGGGCUGGCUGGCCGACGGCAGCGUCCGUUACCCCAUCUCCCGGCCCAGGAGACGCUGCAGCCCCACCGAAGCAGCCGUGCGCUUCGCGGGCUUCCCCGAUAAAAAGCACAAGCUCUACGGUGUCUACUGCUUCAGAGCGUACAACUGAAAGUACCCUAAAGCAUCACCAUUUUCAAGUCAUUCAGAACAUGUGAAAGAUUUCUUUUCAAUAUGAACUCAUGCAAUUUACCAAAACUGUGAUAACCCUUUUUUACUUACUGUAAAAAGUCAUUUUCAUAAAAAAAUCCAAUACAUUAAUUUGUUUUUGUAAAACUAUCAUUCAAUAUAUAUUAUAAAUUAAUAUAAUUUUAAUGGAAGCUCUAUGUAAAGAAGCUUUAGAGCCAAACUGUUUAAGCUACAUCAUCCCAACCAAAUAUGCUUUCAGGAAUGGGGCAUGCAAUAGCUUGAGGAUUGCUAGGACUAACUAAAUUAAGGAAUCGUAAGCCUACUCAAAAGCAGCAGCUUACACAAGCACAAAUUUUCCACCUUUGUACAAUUUUGAAAUGCACUACAAGAAACCAAUCAGAUCUGCAGAUGUGAGGCCCAGUCAUCUUUUCAUAACCUGGGCCUCUGUGAGGUUGCAAAACAAAACCAUUUCACAAGGGAACAAAUAGACACUUUUCUAAAAGCCAGUAUUUAGAAGCUUAAGAGACAAGUUUUGUUUUACUAUUUUAAAUCUCACCUUUCUGAUGGAGAACAUUGCACAGAAAAUGAGCACAGCUAGUUCCCUUAAACAGUUGUUUCUAUUGUGGGAGAUAUGCUGAGGAAUGGAAUGGAGUAACAAAGGAGCUCUCUUUUCCUCGAACUCCAAUUAAGAAUGCCUGAGAAGAGUUCUAUUAACUUUUGAGUAGCUUUACUGGAUUAUCUUUAAACUCCAAGGGCCGUUUGCAAAGAAGCAUUUACUGUCAUAUCUACUCAGGGCAGUUACAUAAAUGAACUGCUGGAUAGAAAAAAAAUGUAAAAUUUAGCAGCUCAAUUUUAUAUUAACCUAUGAAAUGUUAUAGUCUUUAAGAAAUUAUUAAACUAUUUAAUGUGUCUUCCUUAUAUACAUUUCAUGGGGGAAAAUAUUUAAAAGUUUGAAGGGGGAAAAAAAACUGCUAACACUUGCAGUUCAUAAAGAACUAAGCUUGCCAAGCUCCCAAGGGACUUUCUUUUAGCACAGGUAACCAAACCUCACUUGCUGUCCAUAUUUUUAAAAAAGAGAAAACUACAAUGACAAACUCUCCAAAUUGACAAUAUGGUUAAUUAUGUCACUUCCCUUGGUAAAUCAACAUCAAGCUUAAUGAAAUGCUAAAGUUAAUCACACAGUUUCAAGAAAUCUUCAGGGCUUUAAAGGAUCUGGGUUGAGAAAAAGAUGUUUAUAUAUUCACAGUUUCAAUCAAAACAGAAACUAGAAUUCUGUCCCUUCUCCCUUUUACUUUACUUUAUUUUAUUUUUUGAAGAGCAUUGAGAACCCACAGGGACCAAUAUUUGUACUUAAGUUACAUUUCAAUUUCCCAUUGUUUCCAUAACUAGUUCUGAUAAAUGGGAUUUAUUUAAUAGUGUGAUCCAAGUAUGCCACAGCUGGUAUGUUUUCAUGAAUGUUCUCAUGUAGAUUCUUUCCCAUGGCCAUGAGUAAAUAAACCUAUUUCCUGAACUGAUUGUGGUUGCAUUUUAAAGCUCUGUAAUAAUUCCAAUAAAUUUAUUCUAUGAAUGUAGAGUUUUGUGUCUGGAAGGUAUAGAACUACCAUUGGAGUCCAGGAAGUCAUAAAAAAGUUCAUAUAUUAUCUAGAGAGACUACUGUAAAUAAAAGUAUAUCAUUUUCUUCAUCAAAAGCUAGGAUAUCUGGAAAUCAUCAGAUGCUGUAAUAUUGAAAGAGGGCAAUGUAUGCAUGCACAAUUUUUAAAAAAUAGUCUAGAUAUACAACAUGUAAAAGACAUAUACAUCCAAAGAGAUUGUGAGUUAUAAUCCAAAUACUACUGUCUAACUUAGAAAUUAGACUCACACUCCUAAGCUUAGAGAGACCUGAAUGCUCUAGGAUAAAACAAAUAGAUUAUUUUUAAAAAGGCAGGACCUACUGAUCUUUAUCCUGCCCUAUUAAAUGUCUCACAAAGGAGAAAAGUCUUCAGGCAAUUAGGGAAAUAAUCAUCUCUCUCAUUUUGAUUAAGGGGGUUAACUCAUUGGAAGGAGCCCUUAAUACAGAGCGAUCACCUAUAUUGCAAGCACUUUAUUAGGAAUGAAAGUAUGAAAGAAAUUUCUAGAGGAACAGGCAUGUAGUUUUCAGCUAUUGCUGCAGAGCUCCAGUCUACCUUUAUAAUGUUAAAGCUUAGUAACCUUUCUUAACUUUUGAAUAAACUUACUAGUACAGGAAUUGGUGCUGAUCAAAACCUCUGAAAAGACUGUUAGCUAUUUAAAAUAUAUACCAAGUGUCCAUGCCAUUUUUCAUUCUUGCUUAAAACGAAAACAAAAGCAUUAGAAUGAUUACUGCUGAGCAGCACGUCCACUUUCAUGCCCUCUGGACUCUGAAUUCAGUAAUGAGAUCUUUCUAAAGUUCUCCACUUGCAAAUUUUCCUAUUAGAUGCCCAUUCUUCAACUUCUUUCCCUGAAGUGACCCACUGAAGAGAGACCUGAAAGGGGAACUUAACAUAGUAAAACUCUUAACAGAAAUUUGGUACAAUGUUGCCAAAAAUUGAAAUUGCUCCUUAGACGAGGGUUCUGAGAUUUAGGGAGGGAGGCUGGGAUUGAAGAAACAUUGUUUCGAUCAUUGUAUCCUGAUGGAACUCGUGUCAUCCCCACCAGGAACAAAGUGGAUGUACAGGUUUCAUUGUCCUUUUUACACUUGAACAACCAAAAUAAUGUUAUGGGGAAAAAUAGACCAUCACAUCAAAGGGUGGUAUAGGAGUCAAAGUGUGUCAUACAUAUUAACACUGGAUACCACCUUUUAAUGACUGCUGCCAUCUUUUACCACAGUAACUUUUAGUCAGAUAUGGAAUUUGUAAUUUAAAAUUUCUCUCAUAGAAAAGGGGCAGGUACCUGUUAGAGUUUUAUUUUAUGUGAUAUUGUAGUAGCAUAUUUUGUUGGGAAUUAGACCCUGGCUCAAAGGAGACUCCAAUCUGGUUGCUGGCAGCCAUAUUGAGUUUCUUGAUUUCAGUGCUCCAGAGAAGAUGGUGGUUUCAUGGAGUAGUUGACCACUACAGGAGGGGAGAAGAAAGGGAAUUGCUUAUCAUAUUUCAGCAUGUAACACACAGAGAUAAAUAAGUGGAUGAUAAGACACAUUUCUGUUGGGAAGUUUACUGUAUCAUAGCUCACUACUGCCAGAGUAGCAAUGGUGUACAACACAGGAAGUGGAAAAAACAACAACAAGAAGAAGAACCAGAAACCAUGGAAAUAUCGAAUAAAUGAAAACCUGCAUUUAAAGGCAUUUUAAUGUGCAUUCCAGUAAAGAUUUCUGAGGUCAAAAACCAAUCUGUAUUAUCAAAAAAUGUUUUCAUUUUUCUGUAAGAGACAAUGAACUGGUAAAAGAAUAUUAAAAGUGAUGUU